CUAUUUUUCUUUUAAAUAAAAAAAAUAAAUGCAGAAAAUGUUCUAUUUUUCAUCGUCUUCCUCCCGAGAGAAAUUUAACUGACCUCCGCAACCGGCAAUAGAUUGCGUAGCCAGGGAGUUCCUUCCUCUUCCAGUCCAGUCCAGUCCAGAGAAAGGAAAAAGAUAGACUCCCUCUGCCCGCUACCAGCUUCCUUCUUGGUGUGGCUGUCUGCCCGCUGCCCGAUUUCCCCUCCUUUCUUCUUCUUCUUCUUCUUCUUCUGCCAUUAGCCCAUUACCCUCUUCCCCUUAUCUUUCUUCCUCUUUCCCCACCCUCGCUGUUGCUUUGCUUACCUCCUCUCCAUUACUGCCCAUUUUUUUAUUCUUGUUUUUGUUUUCUAGCCUGUUAUUUUAUUGAUUGUUUUUUCGGUUUUCGGGGGAGGGUUUUCGUCCGUUUUUCUCAUCUAUCAACUCCCCUGCCUCUCCCUCCUUCCCCACUCCCACCGCAAGAUCAUCUGCUUUCUUCUCCAUUCUUCUUCUUCAUCCUUUUUCCUCCUCCUCCUACUUUCUUUUUGUCAUAUCCCCGCUGGCCUUUUUCUCUACCACCGCCGCCCUCCCGCGUCUUUGUUAUCAUCGUCAUCUCGUGUUUGUCCUCCAAUUAUCUGCAGAUAUUCGGGGGUGCAUUUCUGGGUCUUCUCUCAGAUCGUCUCAAUAAGCUGAUCAUCGCCUUCUGUUCAUUUUUUUAUUGCAAAGGAUCGGUUGCUUCUGUUUGCUGCUGAAACCAAAUUGAAGGGGGAUUGAUAAUUAAGGUGAAAUCAUCUGUUUAUAUAAUUGAAGCCUUUGAAGUUGAUGAUAAAUAGAUUGCUUGAAAAUGCUGGGAGGCAAUAGUGGCAAUCCCCUUCUUCCAGUUUUUUUGGAUGAGAACCGCAUUCCUUAUCAGAACAACGCUUCAAACCAGCUGCAGUUAUUUGGGAAUUUGCCAGCUGGAUGUAACGUUGAUGCUGUGAACUAUUUUGGAAAUGAGCAUAUAUCUCCCAUGCUCCAGUCCAAUAAACGAACCAGGGAGGCGGAAGAUUUUGGUAGACAACAGAAGCUCCAAAUUUCAUUGAAUUAUAACGUUUGCCAAGAUGAAGCUGACCGAUCAGCAAGUGUUCCAAACAAUCCUAAUGCUGUGUCAACUGGGUUACGCCUCUCAUAUGAUGAUGAUGAAAGAAACUCAUCUCUGACUUCAGCAAGUGGGAGUAUGACAGCAGCAGGACCUUCAAUGAUCUUGUCAUCCCUUGGGGACAAUAUUCGGUCUGAGCUUGAUCGUCAGAAAGAGGAAUUUGAUCAAUAUAUCAAACUUCAGGAGGAGCACCUGGCUAAGGGAGUGAGGGACAUGAAACAGAGACAUGUUGCCUCAUUUCUUGGUGCUAUUGAGAAGGGUGUUGUGAAGAAGAUUCGAGAAAAGGACUUAGAGAUAGAGAAUGUGAACCGUAGAAACAAGGAAUUGAUUGACAGAAUAAAGCAAGUGGCGACUGAAGCCCAGAAUUGGUACUACAAGGCAAAGAACAACGAAUCACUGGUCAAUGUCCUGAAGACCAAUCUCCAGCAGGCAAUUUCUCAGGGUGCUGAGCAAGUAAAGGAAGGAUUCGGUGACAGUGAGUUCGACGAUGCUUCCUCUUGCGUUGAUCCUAACAACAACUACCUGAACAUGACAACAGGUGGUUGUGGGCCUUCAUCAAAGCCUCUCUCUCGGCGAGGUGGCUCCAAAGAGCAUAUGACCUGCAGAGCAUGCAAAGCAAGGGAGGUGUCGGUGUUGUUAAUGCCGUGCAGGCAUCUGUGCUUAUGUAUAGACUGCGACAUGUUCGUCAAUGUUUGCCCUGUAUGCCAGUUGAUCAAAACUACCAGCAUCCAAGUAUACUUGUCCUAAAUUAUGACAAACUGAGACAUCACUCAAAAGUGAAUGGAAAAAGAAAAAAACAGGGUCAUCUUAACUCUCUUCUGUGAUAGAAGAAAAAUCAAACCUUACCCAGGGCCUGUCCUGGGAUUACAAAUGUUGUAUGUGGAGUAACCUUGUUUUGUUUUUGGGAAAAUGGAGUUUGAGUAAAGCAUGUUUCUGUCCCAUGUUUUGCUAUCUACUAUGAGAAGUGUUAUUGAGUGCCUGUUUUUUUCUAAACCAUGGAAAGAAGGUAGAUGAUCUGGUGGUAUAUAUAGCUUAGGUGGGAAAGGGCGUUUCUG